GGCACAAAGCGCAGCGGGACGACAGAGGGUUAGUCGAUAGUACCCUCCACGGCACGAGGAGCGCGCCGAGACGUCGACGGCGAUGAAGUGCCUGCUGCUGCGGUGGUGCGCAUGCGCGCUGGCGACUCUGGUCUUCCUGGCGGCCGCGACGCACGCGCGUCCCUACACCAACCCGGAGCACGCGCUGCUGAACAUGCGCCACAUCCCCCAGUGGCACUGCCUGCGGUACAGGCGCUUCGACCUGGUGCGGAGAUGCCGCAACCACAGGUUGCUAGACUCCCGGCUGCUGCGUCAGAACAUGACCUUGAGCUUGCGGGAGAAGAAGCUCAGAGCAUCUGCGGCCGCCACGGUGGCGACGACGACCGUGGACUACUCCGACCAAUCGGAUGAGACCGACCCGGUCAUGUACGACGCUCAGAUGGUGUUUGUGGCGGAUGACAAGCGGCCGGGCAUCGCGGAGUGAAUUCCAUUGGACGAAGAGGAAAUAGGAAAAAAACAAUUUUUAACGCGGGGUUAAAAGUGAGUGAGAACAGAUAUCCAGCAGUGAAAUCGAUUGUUGGUGGUUUACAAAGUACAGCGUCAUAUUUUUAGGUAAAUGACAUUUCUCAAAUACUGUCAGUGGAAUCGACUUGUCUACAAAAUUCGAAGAACUAAAAAAAAUUACAAAAUAAAGACAAACAUAACCGUGCGAACAUACAGCAAAGAAAUGCUACUUAGGGACACAGUGUUUCGUUUGCUCAGCCCACAAACAAGUCUGAGGUAAAUUUUAAUGUUAUAAAUAUUUUCAAAGCAGAGGCUAUCAGUUAUCACUACUAUAAUAUUUAAGUUAUCAUCAUUUUAAAUUCACUUACUCACACUGAGCUUACGAAAAUUAUGGACUGUAGGUAAUUUACAGAUGAGAACUACAUCACGCUGGAAGAAAUUUAGUGCCUUUUCCAACUUACAUCAAUAUCUCUAACUUCAAGUGCAUGUAAACGAUGAACUAAAUUCAUGAGUGAAGUGAAGCAGUGGCACCGCACCACUGUGACCCAAAAAAACACUCGUUUAAACUACCAAAGCUUUGGUCCCUACCUUUGGAAUCACAGCUUACGACUUCUCACUUAGAAUUCUUUAUACUGUUAUGAUUAUGUGGGGAUAAAACUGGGUUCAUAACGGAUAGCCCAAAUAAUUAGUACAGUUAUAUUUUUUACUAAUGUCUACACUAUAAAUUUAAGAUUUCUGUCCACAACAAUUAGUCUUACACUGAUCAUUGAAACCUUAACACUUUCCAUUGGAGCUUGGUUCGACAAUGGCUCGCUCUUCUGUCCGCUUCCUUCGCACACUCACGCCGCACCGCAGCACAGUCAUCAACUAUCGCUCGUCGCACCGACUUGCUCGCCAGGCCUUCUCGCAGGUAUCGCCUCCCAAUAGGUUCGGUUCGCUCCCCAAGGGCCACUUGUCCUCUUCACCUCUCGCUGAUCGCACGGGUAUCGCCAGUAUCACUCCCCGAGGGGGAGACUCUCUUUGCUACUCUCAGAACUCUCCGAACCCUCGGAACUCUGGCAGAAGCCGGCGUCAUCACAUAUAUCCCCGUGGCGUCAUUCUCGAAGGGGCGAGAGCGGCUGUGACGUGUCGCGUCACCCCGGGCCGACCCGACUCCCGAAACACCCAGAACAGCGAUGCUCAUUCACGCCUCUCCUUGCGGCGGCCUCUGUAAGCCUGGUAUAGUUUCUGCACCUUUCAUGUUUUACUGAUUGCUGGAAAUAUCUCCUAACAGACGUUUUCAUUAAAUUUUACGAAUAACUCAAGAACGCCGUACCACGAAAGCUUACAAAGUGCCCCAACCUGUUUUAACUUCUAAGGUAUUUUAUUUUUUUUGUGCUUCUUGAACAUAAAUAAUUUUUAUCACCCCAAAUAAUUCUCUUAACCUAACAUACCUACACACUAAAUGAAAAAUGAAGUGUAGCACAUGAACCAAACGUGAUAGAAGGAUACAUACAUGCAUAUUUUAAGGACAGUCAAAAUAUGGCAGUGCCAUGACAGAAUGACUGGACAAUACUAGUACUUCUCAUGUGAUCGUUUUUUUAAGAACAAAACUCAAACAUUCUAUCACCGCCACUCACAUGUCUUUUUUGUAAGUUGUAAUUUGUUGAACACAAGAGUGAUAAUCAUACAAGUUUUUCACAUUUAUUUAUGUCAUGUGUAUUCUAUAAAAUUGUUGUUUUCUUUAAGUACUAUAUGUUAUUUGUCAUAAUAUAACUACGUAGAUAGAAUUAUUGUUAACCAUAACUGAAUGAUUUUCAGAAUAGUGUGACUUUGUAUAGUGUACUAUGUUGCUGUUCUCCACUUUUUUACUUUUGUUACAUUUUUAGACAAAUAUAUAUUUAUUAGUAGAAACAAA